AUGCUGGCCAUGCGCGGCGAGAGGCAGCGGCGGGAGAAGAGCUUCUCCUGCCGCCGCCUGCCACCUGCCUUCCCCGGCAUUUGCCGCAGCUUCGGAGAAUUUGACGACUUCCAGGUGCACACAGGACUCCGCAUUCUCAGUGAGGCCAGCUUGAGAGAAGAGAACAUGCUGUGGUUGGGUUGCAGUUUACUGCUGGCGGCUCUUGCAGCUGCUGAGAAGUUGGUUGGUAGUGCCAAGUGCCAACAAGAUUCUGUGCCGUGGCAAGUCUCCCUCCAGUCAGUGCACCAGGUCUGCAGUGGGGCCCUCAUCAGCCAAGAAUGGGUGUUGUCCUCAGCUCAAUGCAGCAGGAGCAGCCCAGACCACAUGACAGUCUGGCUUGGCCUACAAGUCCCUGAGACUCCUCCUAAGGAGAAGCAACAGGUCAUUGCUGCUGCCAAGCUGGUCCCUCAUAAGCAGUUCAACAACUACACACUGGACUAUGACAUUAUGCUCAUCAAGCUUGCACAACCAGCUGUCCUGGGUGCGCUUGUGCAGCCCAUCAGUUUGCCCAGCCAAUGUGUCAUAGUUGGGACCCAGUGCCUGGCUUCAGAAUGGAUCAGCAGCAACCCUGGUGGAACAGACAACCUUCUGCAGUGUUCCUACCUUCCAGUCACAUCUGAUGCCACGUGCAACAAUGUCUACCCAGGACGGUUCACUGACAGGAUGCUUUGUGCUGGACAGCUGGACAGCAGCCAAGAUGCCUGCCAGGUGAUUGAGCGAGUGGUUGCUGAACAACUCCAGGCAUACCUGGAAGAAGCGGACCAUUUGCAUCCCUUCCAGUCGGGAUUCAGGCCUCAUCAUGGGACUGAAACAGCCCUGGUCGCACUGGUUGAUGAUCUCCGGCGGGCUAGAGACAAAGGGAGAUGUGGGCAGCCCCCUGGUGUGUGAAGAAGCCCUCCAAGGACUGCUGUCCUGGAAGAAAAGCUGCAGUGAAGAGAACCGGCUGGGGCUGUACACCAAGGUCUGCAUCUUUGAAGACUGGAUCCACUACACAAUUGCCAACAACUGAAGAGCAAUAAAGCCAGAUUGAGCUCUGAUCUGGUAUCUCGCUGCUCUGAGAGAGGCCCAGUGAUCUGGCACCACCAGCAAUGCAAGGACUAUCUCUUCUUUUUGGCGAUCACUCGUAGCUGAGUAAGAUUGUCUUCCAUAAACACGGUUUUAACAAUGAGUCCGUAGGUGACUGUGGAGUCCAAUUCUGGAUCCACACGUCCUUCCACAGUGGGGACAUUGGUUUCUGGACGGGAGUUGAUCACGGUGUGGAUUUGCCAAGCGUGCCUUCCUCUUAGCACAUUUCUUAGCAAGGAAUAUAUAGGCCCGGCUGCUGUGGAAGAGAAGGCUUCUAGGAAGUCUACCCGCCAGUCUGCUCACCAGCAGACGGCUCAUGGCUGAGGCAAGGGAGCAGAAUCUAAUGAUUUGCUCCCUCACUCCUCAGCUUCUGGCACACCUCCUUGAAUGGCUUGAUUUCACAUUAUGGUAGAUGUUGGUUAGGUUUUACCAUGUAGGUGCGGGAAUAUAUUAACUAUAUUUUAUUCCUCCACAAACCCAUGUGUGGGGGCCAACAGACAAAACAUCAGCUUAUCGCUUGUGUUUAGAAGCACAGUGCUGAGCAUCUUAAGCAGUGAAACAAAAGUACAGGAAUUAGCCUUUAGGUUGAUCUCCCCCUUCUGUUACCCUGUUUAUUAUAGAAGCAGGCCACAGACUGAAAACUAUGUUUAACAUAUAUAGUUUACUCACAGUCAAGCACCUGUCCUUAGCAACAACAGCAGUAAAAAUAAAUGCAGGUAAAAUACUUGUAUUUGCAGUGAAAGCAGCCUCAGGCAUGAGCCUGAAGCUGGAGCAAGCAGAUACAAGUCUGCUCCCAUUGGCUGGUUGAAGAGAGAGAGAAGGAACAGAAAAGACUUCUUUGCUUCUUCCCUCCCAAGAGAGGAGGGGAAAUGAAAUAACACAGAGCCUUCUCUACCAAUUGCAUUGGUCUGAGUCCACCUAAUCAAUACUGCUCUGUGAUUUUAAUCCCUACACAUGCUUACUAGUAAGAAUAUGCAUUUUUAGAUUUGAUUUCUUAACUCCCACAAUAUUUACUCCAUAGAGCAGUUUUGUUAGCAUCCCAGCCUUCCAUGACCUAACACAGUCAAAGCUCCAUAAAAGACCAUACCCCACCAGCACCCACCUAGAGCUGGCUCUGAAGUGCUUGUUUGGGAAGUGAGGCACUUGGGGUGCUCAGAGGCCCUACCCCUCCAAUGGAUGCGAGUGGCAGAGCUGCUGAUUCCCAUACCCCCUAAGGUACCCAUCUCAUACACCCCUCUGUGACUUCACUGUUUCUGCCAAGAAAGUGCCUGGUAGCCGUGGAGGCACAACUUCUUCAGCUCUUAGAAUCAUAGAAUCAUAGAGUUGGAAGAGACCACAAGGGCCAUCCAGUCCAACCCCCUGCCAAGCAGGAAACACCAUCAAAGCAUUCCUGACAGAUGGCUGUCAAGCCUCUGCUUAAAGACCUCCAAAGAAGG